AGUUCAAGUGAUCCAUUUCUGAAGACGAUCACCACCUUUUGCCAAUGAACGCCCUCAAGCCUGCUGCGCCCUCCCUAAAAGAACUGGAACAUGCGAUGGACAGCUGCAGGAUGGAAUCCAAUGAGAUAGACGAAGUGUGGCCCAAUAUUUAUAUAGGCGGCAUUGUGAUAGCACACAACAAAGAAGAACUGAAGAAAUAUGGCAUCACUCACAUUCUGAAUGCGGCACAUAAUGCCUGGGGAAGCAAAGGAAACCAAGCCUUCUAUGGCAAGGAAUUCUUUUACUAUGGAAUAGCAGCUGAAGACGCCACAGAUUUUGACCUGAGCAUAUAUUUCUAUCCUGCCUCUGAAUACAUUCAUAAAGCACUAAGUUCUCCGAAAGGAAAGAUUCUAGUUCACUGCAUUCUAGGUAAAAGCAGAUCAGCAACCCUGGUUCUGGCAUAUCUCAUGAUCCAUCACAAUUUCACCCUGGCUGAUGCUGUUGAAAAGAUUCUGCUGAGUCGAGCCAUUUCCCCAAACAGAGGGUUCCUGAAACAACUGCAAGACCUGGAGCUGGAACUGAGGCACAGGAUAAGUUUGUGUCAACUUCAGUAACGUCAAAUCAUCUAAUUGAUAAUUUUGUCUUACCGCAGUCAUGGCACCACUAUUAAUUAAACUUACAUGGACAUGUUUGUAUGUUUCCUUGAUGUGGAAUUAAGGCUCCAUCUCACUGCCAUAUAGUCCGGUUUCUGAAUCCAGAUUAUCUGCUUUGAACUGGAUUAUAUGGCAGUAUAA